UAGGCCAUAUCUUAAGAAGAUCUUAAAAUUGUUCAUUUGUGACCCUUGUGUGACCUCUGAACUUCAUGCUCUGGUGACCUCUUGCCUUUUUGAUUAAUGAUGUUAAAAGAGAUGACCGACGAUAAUAUAACUAGAGUGGACUAUUCCUGUCAGGAAACAACAUUAUGGAAUGAUGAUAUAUUUUCCGGGUCAGCUCCAAAGUUUCCGGAUUGUUUCCAGAACACGGUUUUGGUCUGGGUUCCGUGUGGGUUCCUGCUUCUAUGCUCGCCUUUCCAGAUCGCUAGCUUGUGCAGUAAUUAUGUCGGUUAUCCGCUGCCUCUAGGGAUCAGAAGUGUUAUGAAAAGUAUCUUAUGUAUAGUUCUGGCUUCCUUGACAUGCGCAAAUCUGGUUCUAUCUUCUACACGUGGAUACCACUGCGAGUCUGCCGCCUUGGUUCCCGAGGAAUUCUACAUAGGCGCCGGCGCUUUGAUAUUUGUUUUCGUUUAUUUAGCUGUACUCACCCAGGCACUACGUAAGAAUCACGUGAUUUCCUCCGGGAUUUUGAUUACAUUCUGGAUUCUACUUCUGGGCUGCAGCACUGUUCCACUGCAGUCAGCAAUAUCAUACAGGCCAAGUUGCGUCACCAGUAUUAUCUACUAUGUAUACUUUACAAUCAUUUGUGUCCAGUUUGUUCUUUAUUCCUUUGCGGACAAGCCCGGACACCCCCACUACACUUUCCUUGGACAGAAAGAAAAUUCUCCUGAGGAGACAGCAUCUGUCCUCAACAGAUGGGUUUUCUGGUGGUUUAACGGACUUGUACUGACCGCGUACAGACGAACUCUGGAUGUUAAGGACUUGUGGAAGCAAGUGAACUAUCUUCGUUCAGAGACGUGUGUCCCGGAACUAGAACAAAACUGGAAGGAUGAAGUCCACAGACAGGCAAUAAAAAACAUCAGAAUUCAACAGAGGAAAUUUUCACAUGCUUAUCUCUACCAAAAUCGUACCAAAAAUGAAUCAACACCUUUGAUAUCCAAUCAAAAAGCAGACGUACAUGACGAUGAAGAAGAUCCCGAAAAUUUCCACCGAUCACGACCAUCGUUGCUUAAAGUUGUGGCAAAAACGUAUUGGAAACAAUGGCUGCUUUCUUCCUUCUAUAAAAUCUUAUGUGACGUAUUAUCUAUGAUUCAGCCGUUGCUUCUCAAACUAAUGAUAGAUUUCCUGGAGAACAAACACACACAGGAUUGGCCACUGUGGAAUGGUUGGGGAUUAGCCAUCUUGUUCUUUAUAAGUGGAGCAGUAGAGUCGUUGUUCUUCACGCAGAGCGCAUUUUGUAUGAUGACACUAGGACUGAAAGUGAAAGUAGCACUAGUAGGAAUGAUAUAUAAAAAGUCUUUAACUAUGAGUAACGCUGCCAAAAGUCAGUACACAAUUGGUGACAUUGUUAACCUGAUGUCAGUGGACUGUCAGCGUAUACAAGACGCCUUUAUGUUCCAGUACGAGAUCAUCUCCUUCUUCUUCACACUGGCCCUAGGUUUAUACCUUAUUUGGAAUCAAAUGGGCGCAGCCACUCUGGGGAGUUUUGCAGUGAUCAUAAUCAUCUCGGCGCUUAACAUAUUCUUUGGAAAACUUCAACAGAAAUAUCAAGGAAUCAUUUUGGCGCUUAAGUCUAGUCGGAUUAAAUUGUUAAACGAGGUCUUAAGCGGAAUAAAAGUUUUAAAGAUGUACACGUGGGAGCCAUCGUUUACAAAGAAACUAUUGAACAUUAGGUCCCGUGAGAUGGUGUUCCUGAAGAAGGUCUGUGUCGUCACAGCUUUCUCUACUCUCUUCUCUGUGCACAGUCCAUUCAUGAUGAGCUAUUUUGUGUUGCUGAUCUUUACUUUGAUGACGUCAGGAAAUUACCUGAAUGCCAGUAAGGUGUUUGUAUCUCUCUCCAUCAUCAACACACUACGCUUCACCAUAACAAUGGUUCCAUUUGUUAUCACGGGAAUCAUACAGAUGCUGGUGUCUAUUAAAAGAAUUGAAAAAUUCCUCUGCAAGGAGGACCUCAACCUAAAGAAUGUGUCAACCUCUUUAAACACAGGAUAUGCUAUAGCUAUAGACAAUGGAUAUUUUACCUGGGACCGAAAAAACCCAAGGACUACCUUAAACAGAAUUAACCUCAAGAUCGGAGAGGGAAAACUUGUGGCCGUUGUAGGACAGGUUGGAGCAGGGAAAUCUUCACUUGUAGCCGCCAUGCUGGGAGAGAUGGAGAAGGUUAAAGGUCACGUUAAUGUACAGGGGUCGGUCGCCUACGUUCCACAAGAAGCAUGGAUUCAAAAUCUAACAGUGAAAGAAAACAUUUUGUUUGGCAGUAAAUUCUCAGAAAAGAAAUACAAACGAAUCAUUCAAGCAUGCGCACUGUUACCGGAUCUGGCUAUACUCAGUGCUGGAGAUAACACGGAGAUUGGAGAAAGGGGUAUCAACGUCAGUGGUGGCCAAAAGCAAAGGAUAAGCUUGGCUCGAGCAGUCUACAGUAACUCCGAUAUCUAUCUUUUGGACGACCCUUUAUCUGCUGUGGACAGCCAUGUUGGAAAAUCUCUCUUCAAAGAAGUCAUUGGUCAAGAGGGAUUACUGCGUCAUAAGACUCGUAUUCUUGUCACGCAUGGGGUACACUGGCUACCAAAAGUCGACCUGAUUGUAGUGAUGGAUGAAGGGACCAUCUCAGAAAUAGGAACAUAUGAAGAGUUGAUGCAAAAGAGAGGGGCUUUCUCAGAGUUCCUUGAAACUUAUCUUCUUCAUGGGGAAGAUGACACAGAUUCGGAAAGUGACGAUGAGAUAGUUGCAAAGAUAAAAGAUGAGAUGUGGGAACAGUUGGAAUGUGUUUCGGACUAUGGUUUGUCGGCGGACGAUUCUGAUCUCUCCAGACGACAAAGCGCCCGAAAAGCAUCUUUGCGAAGGAAUUCUCGAUUUUCAAUUCCAACGGACAUCAAACGAAGACUUUCACAAUUAAAUGCCAUAGCAGAAACAAGUUUCCAUUCAUUGAGCAAAACCGAAUCACAGCGACGCUUUUCGAGAUCGAACUCAAAAAGACGUUUAUCCAGACAGGACAAAAUGAAUACGCUUGAGAAACUACAGAGAUCAUUAUCUCAGGGGCGGAUCCUACCGUACGACAGUGGCAGAGAGUCCGAACACGGAGAGGGAAAACUGAUCCAAGAUGAAAAGUCAGAGGAGGGAACAGUAAAAUUCUCCGUAAUCCUCACCUACAUAAAGGCUAUGGGUGUGAUCGGUACAGUCCUAUCUAUGCUGUUUGUUAUGCUUUUUCAAGGACUUAAUGCCUAUGGCAAUUUCUGGCUGACAUUCUGGACAGAGGAUGAAAUUAUAAAGAACCAAACACUAGUUACGACGCAGGAAUAUUCCGACCGGAAAUACUACUACCUCGCAAUCUAUACAGUCUUAGGGGUUCUCCAGGGGAUUUUCUUGUUUUUGUUUGCCUACCUUGGACUAACCAGAUUAAUUACCGCAUCUGGAUCCCUGCAUUCUUCCAUGUUAUUUUGUAUUUUACGUUCACCAAUGUCAUUUUUCGACACGACACCUGUGGGUCGGAUCAUGAACCGUUUUUCUAGUGAUAUUGACAUCUUAGAUGAUCGCCUUCCUCGGACUUUCCGGUUGUGGGCUGUGAUGCUGUCCACCUUGUUAGCCAUUUUGGUUGUGAUUUCAGUGAACACACCUAAUUUCCUUAUAGUUAUUAUACCCGUUGGCAUUCUUUAUAUUUUAAUUUUGAGGUUCUACCUCCCUACCGCUAGGCAGCUGAAGAGGAUCGAGGGAGUGACUCGGUCCCCCGUGUAUAACCACUUUAGUGAAUCUAUCACAGGUGCUAGCUGUAUCCGAGCUUACCGAGCCGUCGAUAGAUUUAUUACCGAGUCCCAAGUGCGAGUAGACACAAACUCAACCUUCUAUCAUGCAGCAAACACAGCCUCAUGGUGGAUUGCUAUUCGUCUAGAAUUCUUGGCGAAUCUUUUGGUGCUAGCAGCGGCCGUGUUUUCUGUUCUAUCUGAUACUCUAUCAGGGGCAGGGAUAGGACUCUCCCUAACAUACUCAUUACAGGUUGUAAUAUCCCUGAAUUUAGUAGUCCAGUCUGUGAGUGAGAUGGAGAUGAAUAUCGUGUCAGCAGAACGGGUAGAGGAGUUCACCAGACUACAACCAGAGGCUGAAUGGAUCGAACCAAAGAACCGUCCUUCUUCCACUUGGCCAGACACUGGGGAGGUGGAAUUUAAAUCUUAUACCACCCGAUACCGGGCUGGUUUAGACCUCGUGUUGAGAGGACUAGACUGUGUCAUUAAAGGGGGCGAAAAGAUAGGUAUUGUAGGAAGAACAGGAGCGGGGAAAUCAUCCGUGACGCUGGCGAUGUUCCGCAUCAUUGAACCGGCAGGAGGAGAUAUAAGUAUUGAUGACGUUCCUAUAUCUUCUUUGGGCCUUCAUGAUCUCAGAUCUCAAAUAACUAUACUACCUCAAGAUCCUGUCAUAUUUUCUGGAUCAAUCCGCGCUAACUUGGAUCCGCUCCAAAGAUUUUCGGAUCAGGAUCUAUGGGUGGCGAUAGAGAGAGCUCAUAUGAAAGACUUUGUCACCAGUUGUAUAGGGCAGCUAAAUUACGAAUGCGGGGAAGGGGGUCAAAACUUCAGCGUUGGUCAGCGACAGCUUGUGUGUCUAGCUAGAACUCUACUUCACAAGACCAAGAUCCUGAUUCUGGACGAAGCCACGGCAGCUGUAGACGUAGAGACGGACGAACUCAUCCAGAACACGAUUAAAUCAGAGUUCAGUGAUUGUACUGUACUAUCUAUAGCUCAUAGACUCAACACUGUCAUGGAUUAUGAUAGAAUAAUGGUGAUGGACCAAGGACUGAUAGUUGAGUUCGGAGCUCCUCAGACUCUACUGGAAGAUAAAUCAGGCGUGUUCUACUCCAUGGCCAAAGAUGCUAACCUCGUUAAUUAAGACAUCUUAUCAAGAAUCAUCACAGUAUCUCAUUAUUCAUUUUGCUCAAUAAACAGAUUUUUAAAUUGUAUAAAUUUUAUUU